UGUUGGAGGGAGAGUUAGCCACCAAGGGCAGUGAGAGCUGGGAGAUACAGAGAGCAUUUUCUCACCUAGGGUUCAGGUCAGGUGUGUGCAUCUCUCCUGAGUGGGACCUGUGGAUCUCUCCUGAGUGGGACCUUCGAGAGUGGGCACACUCGUGAAGACAGCAGUCCCAUAGUGCUCCAGGAUCACGCGCCACCUCCUGGUACAGCUGCUGGCUGGAGAAGAACAGCACACCACACAGGAUGGCUCAAUAUGACCAACUGGACGAUAAAGAUUCAGUAGAUAUCCAUGACAACCCCCCGGCCCCCGACAAUGUGGUGAAGGAGGAUGGCAAUACUGUGUACUUUGUGUAUCAUGAAGAGGUGGAGGUAGAGGAAGAGAAGGAGGAACCCCCUCCUGAGCCGGUCAUUAUGGUGAACGACAAACCGCACAAAUUCAAGGACCACUACUGCAAGAAGGCCAAGUUCUGCGAUGUCUGUGCGCGAAUGAUCGUGCUCAAUAACAAAUUUGCUCUGAGGUGUAAGAACUGCAAGACGAACAUCCACCACCAGUGCCAAUCCUACGUGGAGUUUCAGAGAUGCUUCGGCAAAAUUCCUCCUGGAUUCAGACGUGCUUAUAGCUCUCCUCUCUACAGCAGUCAGCAGAACUCCACUGUCAAAGAGCUCCUGCCUUUCUCUCAAUCCAACCGCCCUGACCCUGUGUUUGAGACCCUGCGAGAGGGGGUCGUCAUGGCCAACAAGGAACGCAAGAAGGAGUCUGACGAAAAGAAGAAUAUGAUGAUGAUGAUGAUGGAGGAAGAGGAGGCCCAGCCCAAACCAGAGGGGGAGGGCGGGGAAGGAGCAAAGCAAGAGGGAGAGAAGGGGGCACCUGAGGACAAGAAUAAGAAGCCACAGCCGGGGAAAGUGGGCGUGUUCUCACAGGCACACUACUACAUGGCUCUGUUCCGCUUCAAGGCCAUAGAGAAAGAUGACCUGGACAUCCACCCUGGAGAUCGGAUCACAGUGGUUGAUGAUUCUAAUGAGGAGUGGUGGAGGGGUAAGAUUGGGGAGAAGAUUGGUUUUCUACCGGCCAACUACAUCAUCCGAGUGCGUGCAGGUGAGCAGGUGUACAAGGUGAUGCGCUCCUUCGUAGGGAACAGAGAGAUGGGCCAGAUCACUCUGAAGAAAGACCAGAUCGUGGUGAAGAAGGGAGAUGAGCUGAACGGGUAUCUGAAAGUGAGCACUGGCCGCAAACUGGGCUUCUUUCCUGCUGACCUGCUCCAGGAAAUCUGAGUCCAGCCACAGUCAGAACCACAUCUACAAGACCAGAGAGAUCUGAGUCCAGCCACAGUCAGAACCACAUCUACAAGACCAGAGAGAUCUGAGUCCAGCCACAGUCAGAACCACAUCUACAAGACCAGAGAGAUCUGAGUCCAGCCACAAUCAGAACCACAUCUACAAGACCAGAGAGAUCUGAGUCCAGCCACAAUCAGAACCACAUCUACAAGACCAGAGAGAUCUGAGUCCAGCCACAGUCAGAACCACAUCUACAAGACCAGAGAGAUCUGAGUCCAGCCACAGUCAGAACCACAUCUACAAGACCAGAGAGAUCGUGAGUUCAGCCACAUCAGAACCAAAUACACACGACAUUCUCCUGUCUGGGCGAGGGACUACAGGCAGGUCUCAGAUCAGAUGUUCUGUGAGGCACUUCCAUUCCCACGCAUUUUUCACAGUAAGGACUGGAAGUGUUUUCAGCUUAUUGAGCUUUUUGACCUUUAGACCUGCACAAGUGUCAGCCUGCAGGUCUGUCUCUGUCUGCGGCUCUGUGUGUGCUGAAAUGAUGAAACUCGCUGAGAUAAACUCAGUUUGGAGCCGCAUUGAGACGUUUGUGUUGCACUGCUGAAAUCUGCACUUAGAGCAGUUUGCUUAUCUCUUGGAAAGUUAACAGUAAUUUGCAUUUUAUUUCAUGCCUGUAGACAUCUUUAUUAUGACCAUCAUUGUUAUUAUAAUUAUUGUUAUCUGCAGGCAUCUUAAUUGUUUUCUCUUUUUUUUAUUGUGAAUUUUGUAUGAAUUGCCUCCCUGUUAGGAUUGGUCUUUACACAAAGUUUGAGCUUUAAAAAACUUGCCGUGGUGCAAAUGUAGCUGCCUUUACAAUAUAUGCUACUGAAAUUCCCACGUGUCUCUACAUUUUCUGCACCUCUGUGGCAGGAAUAGGUCAUUACUGUGAGUGCUUGGGCUGAUAUAGAAACAGUGAGCUGGCACAUAGGCUGCUGGCACCCCAAACCCCCUCUCCCCCCUUUUUGGAAGCAUAUAUAAGGAUAAAGUGUUUUAGAGGCUAUGACCCUCACUGGUGAAGCGCUGUCCCCUCAUUGCUCUGUCAUUUUGCAGUUUUGUCAUGCGUUUUUGACUAUUCCCCAAACCAAAGGUUGCCCUCAUUGAUUAAUCUAUGAUAAUCACUGAUGCUUCACUGUGCGUCUGUCCGUACCAAAGUCCUGCAGCUCGCGUGACUUUGGGCUGGCUCUGCGGGUUGGUCUGUAAGUACUGAACACAGCUCUGCCCUGGUCAGGUGAUGGAAGCCUGGGCAGGGUGUGACUGAGCAGCAGAGCACUGUGGGAAACUCCACUGGGUGCAAUACAAUGCGCGUUUACUUUUAUUUACCGCAAGCGAAGCGCAGCUCAGAGCGGCGGAAGGCACGGGGGUGACUACGUGAGCGAUGCUGCUGUCAGGGCGUGCUUUAUAACAGCAGGGAUUUUACACUCUGUCACCACAGCACAUCAGGGGCCUUAACAAUGGUCAUAUAUUUGAAGCUUGCAGUGUAUUUUGUUUGUUUGCAAAUACAUGCUUUUUAUUUUGUGUGGGUGUAUGCACUUUUUGUAAAGCUGGGAAAUUUUAGAUCAUAACAGUCAGUCUUGUGACUAAUGCACUACUGAGAUGCAUUAUA